GAAUGUGAAGUGCGAGUAGUGUGAGUCAGUGAGUCUGUGAGUCGUCGACUGUCGGGCGGGCAGUCGUGAACUUGUGGUUGUUCCCGUUGUUUUUUUGCCAGUGCGCCUACUGCGUUCGUAACGCGUGAAAUUUUUCCGCGUCUCGUCUCGGAGUGAAUGCGCGCGUCCGAUCACCCCGAUACGUCAUUAAUCUCGAAUCGCUCUGCGUAGUUGACGCGCGACGUCAAUCGCGUACACGGGCGUGACGAGAGGAACGGUACAUCGCGUCGCGUUAAAAUGGGAGCUCGCGCGGCCGAAAAGAGGCCAGAGCUUCGUCGCGGCGCGUAGUCUUAUAUACGUGCGAGAGGCGAUAUUGUAAAAGAAGAAGAGAAGUGUCGUCGCACAUUCCGAGAGGAUAACGGAGAAGGAUAGAGCGAAACGAGGCGAAGGAAGGAGCGCGAAAGAGGGAGAGACGGAAAGAAACAGAAAGAGAGAGAGAGAGAGAGACAAGAAGAGAGCAUCGUCCUCCGAAGCGUCGUGUUGCUCGCUCCGUGUCACGAUCAUUCGUCGAUUGACGUUCGUUCGUCAAUUAAGGAUCGUAUCUGUCAAUUGAGCGAGGCUCUUUCGACGCGCGUACGUUCGAUCGCACGGAAUGCUAUCCUCGCCACCGUCGUCAUCGUCGCCGUCGCCGUCAUCGUCGUCAUCGUCAUUGUCGGUGUUACGCUAAAAAUAUGCGGCAGUGAGAAACACACGGCGGAGCACCGCCCGUGGCAGAGCGAAGCGGCUGGCUCUCGGCUGCGUGUGCUAGGUCCGGAGGUGCCGGACGCGAGGGAAGAGAAGGAGGUGAAGGAGGAAGAGUUAGAGAAGGCAGGCAGGACCCCGCUCGACGAAGAAGAGGGGUUGAUCAUCGUGUUCGCGCGACAACCCAUCGACGAAAGGAUCAUCAAGGAAAAUGGCGGAUCUCGAGGCGGUGCUGGCCGAUGUCAGCUACCUGAUGGCCAUGGAGAAGAGCAAGUGCACGCCGGCCGCCCGUGCCAGCAAGAGGAUUAUUCUGCCGGAUCCUAGCGUUAGGAGCGUUAUGCACAGAUAUCUGGAGAAGAGUAACGAAGUAAACUUCGACAAAAUAUUUAAUCAAAUGUUAGGUUACCUUUUAUUCAAAGACUUCUGCGAGACUGUAGCGGAGGAACCGAUUCCGCAACUUAGGUUUUACGAAGAGAUCAAAGCGUACGAGAAGCUCGAAUGUCCGGAAGAGAGGAGAAAACUUGCGAGAGAGAUCUACGACAAUUACAUUAUGAAAGAGUUAUUGGCGCAUUCUCACGAAUAUUCUCAAGAGGCGGUAUCUCACGUGCACAAGUAUCUCAUGAAGAAUGAAGUCCCAGUUAACUUGUUCGAGCCGUACAUCGAGGAGAUUUUUAAUCAUCUGCGAGGGGAACCGUUUCAGAAAUUUCUCGAAAGCGAUAAAUACACUCGUUUUUGCCAAUGGAAAAACUUAGAGUUGAAUAUCCAGUUGACGAUGAACGACUUCAGCGUGCAUCGAAUAAUAGGCAGAGGCGGCUUUGGCGAGGUAUACGGUUGCCGGAAAGCGGAUACCGGCAAGAUGUACGCCAUGAAAUGCCUGGAUAAAAAGCGCAUUAAGAUGAAACAGGGUGAAACGUUAGCUCUUAACGAGAGGAUAAUGCUCUCGCUAGUCAGCACCGGAGUAGAUUGUCCAUUCAUAGUGUGUAUGACGUACGCAUUUCACACGGCCGACAAGCUAUGCUUCAUCCUGGAUCUGAUGAACGGCGGCGAUUUGCAUUACCACUUAAGUCAACACGGAGUCUUCAACGAACCGGAAAUGAAGUUCUACGCCGCGGAGGUGAUCCUCGGCUUAGAACACAUGCAUCGCAGGUACAUUGUCUACCGUGAUCUGAAACCCGCGAAUAUAUUGCUGGACGAGCACGGUCACGUCAGGAUAUCGGAUCUGGGACUAGCAUGCGAUUUCUCGAAGAAGAAACCGCACGCGAGCGUUGGCACGCACGGAUAUAUGGCGCCGGAGGUACUUUCGAAGGGCACUGCGUACGAUUCGAGUGCGGAUUGGUUCUCUUUUGGUUGUAUGCUGUACAAGCUCUUGAAAGGCCAUAGUCCGUUUAGGCAACACAAAACCAAGGACAAACACGAGAUAGACCGUAUGACAUUGACUAUGAAUGUUGAAUUACCGGAGACGUUUUCACGAGAGUUGCGAUCGCUGUUGGAAGGUUUGCUACAACGAGAUGUUAACAACAGACUCGGCUGUCGCGGCAACGGUACGGACGAGUUAAAGGCGCACCCAUUUUUCAGUGGUAUCGAUUGGCAGCAGGUGUAUCUGCAAAAAUAUACGCCGCCCUUAAUACCACCGCGCGGCGAAGUCAACGCCGCAGAUGCCUUUGACAUCGGUUCCUUCGACGAGGAAGACACGAAAGGAAUCAAACUGACGGAGGCGGAUCAAGAUCUAUACAAAAACUUUCCUCUGGUCAUCUCUGAAAGAUGGCAGGCUGAAGUAGCCGAGACUGUGUUCGAGACAAUCAAUAACGAAGCGGAUAAGUUGGAAAAUAAGAAAAAGGCGAAACAAAAGCAACGGUUUGACACGGAUGAGAAAGGUUCGGACUGUAUGUUACACGGUUAUAUAAAAAAAUUAGGGGGUCCAUUCGCGAGCGCAUGGCAAACACGUUACGCGAAACUUUAUCCAAAUCGGUUAGAAUUACAUCCAGAAUCUGCGACUAAGCCCGAGCUCGUGUUUCUCGAUCAGGUAGAGGAAGUCGGGGCAGACUUGCAGCUUGUUAAGGGAGAACAGUGCAUCGUAAUGCGCACAAGGGAUGCAAAGAUCGUACUUACGAAUGCCGACGAGAUAAGCUUGAAGGAAUGGGCGCUCUCGUUAAGAUCGGCUCACAAAUGCUCAAUGGAGAUGCUCGGCAAUAUGGCGAGGAAAGCAGGUAAGAUCUACGGGACUGAGCGGGACGCCGUGAUUCCGGCGACGCAGCGAUCCACAAACGGCAACUAGCCCAUCGUCGCCAUCACGUGCAACGUCGCACCAACAUACUCCAGUCCCACUGCCCCGCAGCAGCGACAGCAGCAACUUUUUUUAUACUAAUCGAAUGAUUGGGGAGAGUGGCGAUGGAUGAAGAAAGAGAUUUAAGUAGAGCGAGAGGAGCGUUUCUCGUGAAAUGGUAUCGAUGGCAAAACGCACUCGUACUGCCUCGUUCUCCGAAAGCUCGCUCUCAAUUUUUCGCUGCGGCAUUAAUAAAAAACAAACAAGUGGAUAAAAAUUCCUCUCUUGGCACAUCUCGAUCACAAACGGAACGUCCCAAAAAAUUCCGUUAUACGGCGGAUAGCGCUGCGCUGUGUAUUAUAGAGACUCUAGCCAAGUAGUAUCGUAUCGUGCGUACGUUCUCCCAGGGCCACGAGGAUAAUGCGCGCGUGCCCAUACACAACAUAUAUGAUACAUACACGCACGCACAUGUGAUACAAAAGAACACACACACACACACCCACAUAUACUUAAUCGCGGCUCCUUUUGGUCACUGGCGCGAACACGUAGGCAUCUCGUUAUAUUUGUACAUUAGUUGUAUGUGCAAUAUGUGACGUAGCGACUAGCGACCGACCGAGCGACGAACAAAAA